AUGGCUCCGUCCUCCCGCCCGCCCUCUCUGGCCCCGCCACCGCCCUGCCUGCCACACCACUUGCGGUGGGUCAUAGCAGCACACGAUAUGGGGUGGGUCAUAGCAGCACACGACAUGGGGUGGGUCAUAGCAGCACACGACAUGGGGUGGGUCAUAGCAGCACACGACAUGGGGUGGGUCAUAGCAGCACACGACAUGGGGUGGGUCAUAGCAGCACACGACAUGGGGUGGGUCAUAGCAGCACACGACAUGGGGUGGGUCAUAGCAGCACACGACAUGGGGUGGGUCAUAGCAGCACACGACAUGGGGUGGGUCAUAGCAGCACACGACAUGGGGUGGGUCAUAGCAGCACAGGACAUGGAGUGGGUCAUAGCAGCACACGACAUGGGGUGGGUCAUAGCAGCACACGACAUGGGGUGGGUCAUAGCAGCACACGACAUGGGGUGGGUCAUAGCAGCACACGACAUGGGGUGGGUCAUAGCAGCACACGACAUGGGGUGGGUCAUAGCAGCACACGACAUGGGGUGGGGAGCACUGGACGUGGUGUCGCUGUCGGGCUCAUACGUGCCGGACGACCCCACUGACGCCUCCAGCCGCAUGGGAGGGCUCACUGCCACCCUUGUGGGCGCCGACGGCCGUGUGCUGGGGGGCACUGUGGCCUCCCCUCUACUCGCCUUCUCCACCGUGCAGGUCAGCCUCUCCCUUUCUCUACACUGA